UGGGUGUUCUGCUGUGGGCAGACAGUUGGGGGCGCUGGAGCCGGGUGGGGGGUCGCUCGGGAGGGUUACCUGCAGGCCCGGUGGCUGUCCUAGGGUGGGGCCCAUGCUGGCGUCGCGGACCCGGAUAGGGUGGGCGCAGCCCGGGGCACGGGCUGGGGGCGCUGGACCGAUAAGGCGAGUGACAGCGUGGGAGGGGCGGGCGCCACCGCGUCCACGCCUUCCGCUCGGGGCCGGCCCGGGAGGGUCCUCGGCUCUGUGCUCGCGGGGCAGGAGGGCUGAGGCGCGCAGGUCGGACGCGGCGCCAUGCGCGGUCCCCCUGCAUGGCCACUACGGCUACUCGUGCCGCGGGCCCGGGCCGCCUGCGUGUGGGCCCCGGUCGUCGGCGCCCCCGGAUCCCUGCCGCUGCUAGUCGGUCUGGGGCCGAGGUUCCUCGGGGGCGCUGGGGCUGCGCGCCGUUGGAAGAGCGGCUGUCGGGGCGGGGGCGCGGGCCUUACGCGGCUCCUGGGGCUGUGGGCUCGCGGUCCCAACACCUGCAAGUGCGGAGCGCUCGGCCGGCCAGGCGCUCUCCAGCUCCCGCGCGCCGCGCUCCCUGGAUGUUCCGCAGCCACCGCCCGGGCGGGAGGCGAGGCCUGGCGGCGCGGGCCGGCGGUGGCCCCCGGGGAUGACAGGCGGCUGCGCCCCGCGGCGAUCCGGUUCUCGGAGACCCGGAAGCUCCUGCAGCUGGCCUACCCCGAGCGCCGCAGGCUGGCAGCUGCAGUUGGAUUUCUGGCCCUAUCCAGUGUCAUCACCAUGUCCGCCCCUUUCUUCUUGGGGAAGAUCAUUGAUGUCAUCUAUACCAACCCCACUGUGGACUACAGUGGCAAUCUGACCCAUCUCUGCCUCGGGCUCAGCGGUGUGUUUCUCUGUGGUGCUGCUGCCAAUGCCAUCCGUGUCUACCUCAUGCAGACUUCAGGUCAGCGCAUCGUGAACAGGCUGAGAACAUCAUUAUUCUCCUCCAUCCUGAGGCAGGAGGUUGGUUUCUUUGACAAGACCCGCACAGGAGAAUUGAUUAACCGCCUCUCCUCAGACACUGCACUGCUGGGGCGGUCAUUGACGGAAAACCUCUCAGACGGGCUCAGGGCUGGGGCCCAAGCUUCCGUAGGGAUCAGUAUGAUGUUUUUUGUCUCACCUAACCUGGCCACAUUUGUUUUGAGCGUGGUGCCUCCAAUGUCCAUCAUUGCUGUGAUUUAUGGACGAUAUCUAAGGAAACUGACCAAAGUCACUCAGGAUUCCCUGGCUGAAGCCACUCAGCUAGCUGAGGAACGUAUUGGAAAUGUGAGAACUGUUCGAGCUUUUGGGAAAGAAAUGACUGAAAUAGAGAAAUAUGCUGGCAGAGUGGACCAUGUGAUGCAGUUAGCAAGGAAGGAGGCGUUUGCUCGGGCAGGCUUCUUUGGAGCAACCGGGCUGUCCGGAAACCUGAUUGUGCUUUCUGUCCUGUACAAAGGAGGGCUGCUGAUGGGCAGCGCCCACAUGACAGUGGGUGAACUCUCUUCCUUCCUAAUGUAUGCUUUCUGGGUUGGAGUAAGCAUUGGAGGUCUGAGCUCUUUCUACUCAGAGCUGAUGAAAGGACUGGGCGCUGGGGGGCGCCUUUGGGAGCUCCUGGAGAGAACACCCGAGAUGCCUUUUAAUGAAGGGGUCAUCUUAAAUGAGAAGAGCUUCCAGGGAGCUCUGGAGUUUAAGAAUGUGCAUUUUGCCUAUCCAGCUCGCCUGGGGGCACCCAUAUUUCAGGAUUUCAGCCUUUCCAUCCCAUCAGGAUCUGUCACGGCACUGGUUGGCCCAAGUGGUUCUGGCAAGUCCACAGUGGUUUCACUCCUCUUAAGGUUGUAUGACCCCGUUUCUGGAACUAUCAGUCUUGAUGGCCAUGACAUUCGUCAGCUAAAUCCAGUCUGGCUGAGAUCCAAGAUUGGGACAGUCAGUCAGGAACCCAUUUUGUUCUCUUGCUCUAUCGCUGAGAACAUUGCUUAUGGUGCCGACGACCCUUCUUCAGUGACUGCUGAGCAGGUGGGGAGAGUGGCUGAGGUGGCCAAUGCGGCUGCUUUCAUUCGGAACUUCCCCCAAGGGUUCAACACUGUGGUCGGAGAAAAGGGGAUUCUUCUCUCAGGUCCACACGCACAUGCUGCCAUGGUCUCUGGGGCAGGAGAAGAAGAGAACAUUGUGAGAAUGGCAGGUGUGGAGUGGGACCGUAAGGUGAGUCACUAGACCCACCGUCACUGAUGCUCUGUGCUCCCAGACAUUUCAAGCACUCUUUGGAAUCCUCCAAAUAUCUUGGAGUUUCUGGUUUCCUUACUAUGCUGGAUAUUCUAUGUGGUGGCUCAUGGCUGGGACCCCAACACUUAGGGAGAGCGAGGCAGGAGGAUCCCUUGAGCUCAGGAAUAAGCAAGAGUGAGACUCCCAUCUCUACUAAAAAUAGAAAUACUAGCUAGGGUUGUGCUGGGUCCCUAUAAUCCCAGCUACUUAGGAGGUUGAGGCAGGGGGGCUCACUGGAGCCCAGGUGUUUGAUGCUAUGAACUAUGAUACCACAGCAUCUACCUAGGGGGGAAAAACAAAAGCACAGUCCUUCACACUUUGUAGGUUCAGAUUGUGGCUCUGCUGCUUACCAGCUGUGGACCUUGGGCACGUUACUUGGUUUCUCAGCUUAUUAUCUGUAACAUGGGCAGUUAUAGAGUAUAAUGGGUGGCGCCUGUAGCUCAAGCGGCUGAAGCGCCAGCCACAUACACCAGAGCUGGCAGGUUCAAAUCCAGCCCAGGCCUGCCAAACAACCAUGACAACUGCAACCAAAAAAUAGCUGGAAAUUGUGGUGGGUGCCUGUAGUCCCAACUGCUCAGGAGGCUGAGGCAAGAGAAUUGCUUAAGCCUAAGAGUUUGAGGUUGCUGUGAGCUGUGACGCUACAGCACCCUACCCAGGGUGAUGGCUUGAGGCUCUGUCUCCAAAAAAAAAAAAAAAGAAUGCCUGGCAUAUGGGAAAUUCUCAAUUAUUGUUAGCAAUGAUAACUUUUGUUAUUAAUUUUGAGAUCAGGGUGGCGCCUGUGGCUCAGUGAGUAGGGCGCCGGCCCCAAAUACCGAGGGUGGUGGGUUCAAACCCAGCCCCAGCUGAACUGCAACCAAAAAAUAGCCGGGCGUUGUGGCGGGUGCCUAUAGUCCCAGCUGCUCGGGAGGCUGAGGCAGGAGAAUCGCUGAAGCCCAAGAGCUAGAGGUUGCUGUGAGUCCUGUGACAUCAUGGCACCCUGCUGAAGGCAAUAAAGUGAGACUCUGUCUCUACAAAAAAAAAAAAAAAAAAUUUUUUUGAGAUCAAUAGGGAUGAAAUUUGAGAACAAUAUAUUUAAAGUAAGUUUCUAUUCUUUGU